AUGAGUUUAGCCAUGCUUAACAAAACUCUUCUUCUCAUACCACAUCCCGACCCAGAACAAGUCGCUCAUGAUGUUCAUAGGAGAGUCAAUGCCUCUCUGUCGAGACGUCAAGCUAUGGACACGACAGACCAAACCGGUUCAAGCCCGUGCUUAACCGGGAACCCAAUCGACGACUGUUGGAAAUGCGACCCAAAUUGGCCUAAUAACCGACAAGGUCUAGCCGAUUGCGGAAUCGGGUUCGGGCAGUACGCUUUGGGAGGCAAGGGCGGCCGGUUUUACUUCGUCACUGAUUCUUCCGACGACGAUGCUGUCGAGCCUAAACCGGGCACUCUCAGAUACGGAGUGAUACAAGUGGAGCCAUUGUGGAUAGUGUUCCCAAGUAACAUGAUGAUAAAACUAAAGCAAGAGCUAAUAUUCAAUAGUUACAAGACUCUUGAUGGAAGAGGAGCUAAUGUUCAUAUUGUUGGUGGUGGCUGCAUCACUCUUCAAUAUAUCUCCAAUGUCAUCAUUCACAACAUUCAUAUCCACCAUUGUUACCAAUCCGGGAAUACUAACGUACGGUCAAGUCCAACGCAUUACGGAUUCAGAACGAAAUCAGACGGUGAUGGUAUCUCCAUAUUCGGAUCAAAGGACAUUUGGAUCGACCAUUGUUCUCUCUCAAGAUGUAAAGAUGGUUUGAUAGAUGCUGUGAUGGGAUCCACUGGGAUUACAAUAUCAAACAAUUUCUUCUCUCACCAUAAUGAAGUCAUGUUGCUUGGUCACAGCGACCACUACGAGCCAGACAGUGGCAUGCAGGUAACCAUUGCUUUUAACCACUUUGGAGAGAAAUUGAUACAAAGAAUGCCAAGGUGUAGACGUGGAUACAUCCAUGUGGUUAACAACGAUUUUACUCAAUGGGAAAUGUAUGCGAUUGGCGGUAGUGGUAACCCGACCAUUAAUAGUCAGGGUAACCGUUUUACCGCCCCAUCCAACCCGUUUGCCAAAGAGGUGACUAAAAGAGUAGAAACGCCGGACGGUGAGUGGAAAGGGUGGAACUGGAGAUCUGAGGGAGACAUUUUGGUUAAUGGAGCCUUCUUCGUGGCGUCUGGAGAAGGUGCGGAAAUGAGGUACGAGAAGGCAUAUAGCGUUGAGCCUAAAUCCGCUUCGUUCAUUGAUCAAAUCACAUUUCAUUCAGGCGUUCUAGGCGUUGGCGGCAGGAAUAACAAUCUGGGGAUGUGGACUACUACUGGAUCCGAAGGUAGUGGCGGUUUAGAUUCUUUUAAUGACUAUACUGAUGAAAUGUCUGGUACCGGUUCAACUAACCGGUUAUCUAUUUCGUUUAUUGUUUUAGCUUUCAUGCUCAAUUUGAUAUCAUAUCUGGUCAUGUUCACUUCUUUAACCCAAAUGUUGAUGUUGUUGUAA